AUGGGUGGUGGUGCAUUUAUUGGUCUGGGGAACCUUCUGACGCAGGCACAAAGUUUCGAUGAGCUUUUGCUGAUGGCUGAAAAGGGUGAUCACCGUAAAUGUGACACACUGGUAUGUGAUAUCUACGGUGGUUCGUACGACAACCUGAAUCUGCCCGCAGACUUAAUUGCUGGUUCUUUCGGAAAAUGUAGUCGAAUGGGUAAACGUAACGCUCGAGGAGAUCAUGAGCGGGCUUCCCAGCAGGAUAUUGCCAAAUCACUACUGCUAAUGAUUAGUAAUAACAUUGGGCAGAUGGCAAUGCUGUAUGGAAUGCGAUUUACAUUGAAACGGAUAUACUUUGGCGGGUUCUUCAUUCGGAAACAUCCGAUUACUAUGCGAACAUUAUCGUAUGCUAUUAACUAUUGGAGCAAAGGUAACAUGGAAGCUUUAUUCAUGAAACACGAAGGAUAUCUCGGAGCUGUGGGCGCUUUUUUGGACACUCAUUCUUGA